CCUUGUCUGCACACAAGAAUCUCUGUGGAGUCCUCCUCGAUCGAUCUCGCGAGCGAUCGACGCCGGCCCUGACCGAUCGCAUGUCGAACUCCGGCCACAUCGCCGUCGACGUCGGCGGCGCCGAUGAGGACGGCCGGGACCUCAUGCCCGUGUCCCCGCCCGUGCCCUACGUCCUCUCCUUCACCGACCUCUCCUACAGCGUCCGCAAGCGCCAGGACGGCCUGCGCGGCUGCCUCCCCUCCCGCGCCAGCAACCGCCUCGCCUCCUCCGACGCGCUGCCCUCCAACAUGAAGGCCCUCCUCGCCGGCGUCUCCGGCGAGGCCCGCGAGGGCGAGCUCUUCGCCGUCAUGGGCGCCAGCGGCUCCGGCAAGUCCACCCUCGUCGACGCGCUCGCGGGCCGCGUGGCCCGCGGCAGCCUCGGCGGCGCCGUCACGCUCAACGGCGAGCCGCUGCACGGCCGCCGCCUGCGCGCCAUCUCCGCCUACGUCAUGCAGGACGACCUCCUCUACCCGAUGCUCACCGUCCGCGAGACCCUGCUCUUCGCCGCCGAGUUCCGCCUCUCGCGCGCGCUCUCCCCGGCCGCCAAGCGCGAGCGGGUGGACGCCCUCAUCGGCCAGCUCGGCCUCGCCAACGCCGCAGACACCGUCAUCGGCGACGAGGGACACCGCGGGGUCUCCGGCGGCGAGCGAAGGCGCGUGUCCAUCGGCACCGACAUCAUCCACGACCCCAUCCUGCUCUUCCUCGACGAGCCCACCUCCGGGCUCGACUCCGCCAGCGCAUUCAUGGUCGUGCAGGUGCUCCGCACCAUCGCCCGCAGCGGCAGCGUCGUCGUCAUGACCAUCCACCAGCCCAGCUCCCGGAUCCUCGGCAUCCUCGGCCGCCUCCUCCUGCUCUCCCGCGGGCGCACCGUGUACGCCGGCACGCCCGCCGGGCUCAAGCCCUUCUUCUCCGAGUUCGGCACGCCCAUCCCGGACAACGAGAACCCCGCCGAGUUCGCGCUAGACACCAUCCGAGAGCUCGAGGGAAGUUCGCCCGACGGCGCAAAGCCCCUCGCCGACUUCAACGCCGGAUGGCAGGCGACUCAGAAGCUCAUCACGGACGGCAACAACAAGAGGCCGCCCUCCCCGCUCACGCUCGAGAUGGCCAUCGCCGAGAGCGUGUCCCGGGGCAAGCUCGUGGCGGGCAGCGGCACGGGCACGGCGGCCACCUCCGUGCCCACGUACGCCAACCCGCUGCCCGUGGAGGUGUGGGUGCUCAUCAAGCGCUCCUUCACCAACACGCGCCGCAUGCCGGAGCUCUUCGGCCUGCGCCUCGGCACCAUCAUGGUCACGGGCCUCAUCCUCGCCACCAUCUUCCUGCACCUCGACGACACGCCCAAGGGCGUCCAGGAGCGCUUCGGCUUCUUCGCCAUGGGCAUGUCCACCAUGUUCUACGUCUGCGCCGACGCGCUGCCCGUCUUCGUCCAGGAGCGGCACAUCUACCUGCGCGAGACGGCGCACAACGCGUACCGACGCAUCUCCUACGUGCUCGCAAACGCCGUCGUCUCCUUCCCGCCGCUGGUUGUCCUCUCCCUAGCGUUCGCGGUCACCACGUUCUUCGCCGUGGGCCUCGCCGGCGGCGGCUCGUCGUUCCUCUUCUUCUCGCUCAUCAUCCUCGCGUCCCUCUGGGCGGGAAGCGGGUUCGUCACCUUCCUCUCCGCCGUGGUGCCGCACGUGAUGCUGGGGUACACGGUGGUGGUGGCCAUCCUCGCCUACUUCCUGCUCUUCUCCGGCUUCUUCAUCAACCGCGACAGGAUCCCAGACUACUGGAUCUGGUUCCACUACAUGUCGCUCGUCAAGUACCCGUACCAGGCCGUGCUGCAGAACGAGUUCAGCGACGCCUCCCGCUGCUUCGCGCGCGGGAUCGAGAUGUUCGAAGGGACGCCCAUCGCCGGCAUGUCGGAGGCGGUCAAGAUGAAGGUGCUCCACGCCAUCGGAAACACGCUCGGCACCCACAUGACGGCACAGACCUGCGUCGUCACCGGCGCCGACGUGCUCAAGCAGCAGGCCGUCACCGACCUCGGCAAGUGGAUGUGCCUCCUCGUCACCGCAGGCUUCGGCUUCUUCUUCAGGGCACUCUUCUACGUCGUGCUGCUCGUCGGCAGCAAGAACAAGAGGAAGUAGAUAGCCAGUACGUAGUAAAGCUCGAUCAAUCAAUCAAGACAUAGUACCCAUGAUGUUAUUAAGUCCUUUUACUUUUUGGUUCAUGACAAGAAAAUGUACUUUACUACGAUUAAUGUACUACUGUAUAUGAAAUUUAUUCAGUUUGCUGUA